CAUGUCUCUCAAAGUGGUAAUGUUGGUGUGUGUUAUGGCGGCGGCUGUGGCCGACAGAGCUCCAGCCUACCCAGAGUAUGCGGCGCCCCCAACAUACCACAUCCCCUCCCCUUAUAAGCAGCCCGAGUACCCCACCGAGCCUCCGAAAUAUUCUUACAACUACGGUGUCGCCGACGACUACUCCGGCGCUAACUUCGGUCACUCGGAGGCCCGCGACGGCUACAAGACCGAGGGCAGCUACACGGUGGACCUCCCCGACGGCCGAAGACAGACCGUCACCUACGUGGACAAUGGCGACGGUUUGGAGGCCGAGGUGACCUACGAGGGAGAAGCCCAGUACCCCGAGUACAAGUCCGCCCCAGCCUACAAGCCCGCCCCAGCCUACAAGCCCGCCCCAGCCUACAAGCCCGCCCCAGCCUACAAGCCAGCACCGGUGUACAAGCCUGCACCAAAGUACCCAGUCUACGGCUAAGUUUUUAAAUGUGUUACGAGACGCAAGACCUCAAACCUAUAUCGGAACCUUAAUUUAUUUGUUUCAAGAAAAAGGAAGAUCUUGGCUACAGGUGACCAGGGAAUAUUCCAUCACCUACCCUGACUCAACCUAUAACUCUCAGCCGGAACACCUUCUAAUGUAUUCAUGGCAGAUAUAUUAUAUGUAAUUAAUGAUUAUUUCAUUUGUAUUUCAUUCAUAGAUAUACAGUAUAUAUUGAAUUUA